GACGACGGCGAUGUGGAGGAGAGCUUCGUCUCAAAUCUGGCGAUUUCGAUCCCUCUGCCGCCUCCGCCCUAAUCCUAGGGGCGGAACCCUAAGGACUCCCGCUGCUGCGGCGAGCUCCCGCCUCUUCUCGUCGGAUUCCGAUCAGGGUUCGUUGACGAAGAAGGUGGAGGAUGUGAUGCCGAUCGCCACUGGGCUUGAGCGCGAGGAGCUCCAGGCUGAGCUCGAGGGAAGGAAGCGGUUUGAUAUGGAUGCGCCUGUUGGUCCUUUUGGUACCAAGGAAGCACCUGCUGUCAUCCAAUCCUACUACAACAAAAGAAUAGUUGGUUGUCCUGGUGGCGAAGGUGAGGAUGAACAUGAUGUUGUCUGGUUCUGGUUGGAGAAAGACAAGCCACAUGAAUGUCCUGUGUGCUCUCAGUAUUUUGUGCUUGAGGUUAUCGGUGAUGGAGGUGACCCAGAUGGACAUGACGACGAUCACCACUGAGGCAUGAACCAUCUUUUGAAAAUAAAAAUUGAUGUGAGAUGGUUUUGUUAUAUUGUGCAGCUUCAAACAGCUUUUUGGAUGUUUUUUGUUUGUUGGUCAAUUUUAUUGCCCAUGUAUGACCGUUGUUAUUCUCUGGUAGUGUUUUUUGAAGUGGCUGGAAGCCUCCACUUGACAUUUGAAUUUUUUUUUCUUUAAGGAUUGUCAAUGCAUCAUCAAAUAAUUGAUGGCCACUUUUAAUCUUGUUUCCUCAGCUUUCUUUAUGAAAAGCAGAUUAGUUAGUUUCUUUUCAACA